GUUUGUUUGUGUGUUGGGGGGGGGGGCAGGACAGGAGGCGGCUCGAGCCCCAGCCCGACACCGCUCGAGACGCCAUGGACUUCAACGUGAAGAAACUGGCGGCCGGAGCUGGCACCUUCCUCAGCCGCGCCGUCCAGUUUACAGAGGAGAAAUUGGGCCAAGCUGAGAAGACGGAGUUGGAUGCCCACCUAGAGAAUCUACUGAGCAAAGCUGAAAGCACAAAGCUAUGGACUGAGAAAAUAAUGAAACAGACUGAGGUGUUGUUGCAACCUAAUCCAAAUACAAGAAUAGAAGAAUUUGUGUAUGAGAAACUGGAUCGAAAAGCACCAUCUCGCCUAAAUAACUGUGAACAAUUGGGGCAGUAUAUGAUUGAGGCUGGAAAUGAAUUUGGUCCUGGCACUGCAUAUGGCAGUGCUCUUAUUAAAUGUGGAGAAACUGAAAACCGAAUUGGUGCUGCAGAAAGGGAGUUAAUACAUUCCUCAGAAGUUAACUUUUUGGCCCCCCUCAGGAACUUCUUGGAAGGAGACUACCGAACAAUAUCUAAAGAACGUAAACUACUGCAGAAUAAGAGACUAGAUUUGGAUGCAGCAAAAGCAAGACUGAAGAAAGCAAAAGUCUCAGAGGCCCGGUCAGCAGCUGAGCAGGAAAUGCGGAUUACGCAAAGUGAAUUUGACCGCCAAGCAGAGAUCACAAGACUUUUGCUUGAAGGAAUUAGCAGCACUCAUGCUCAUCACCUUCGUUGUCUGCAUGACUAUGUUGAUGCCCAAUUGACGUACUAUGCUCAGUGUUACCAGUAUAUGGUUGACUUACAGAAGCAGCUUGGAAGUUUUCCAACCACAUUUUCUUCCAACAACAAUCAGGCAGCUUCAGCUUCCCUUCCACCAAGCACUGUGCCAAGUUCUGCAUCUUCCAUCCCGCUGAGCAUACCAAACUGUCCAGUACCUGGUAGUAAUGAUUAUAAAGUGGCAUCCAGUGGUACCAGAAAGGCACGGGUGCUGUAUGAUUAUGAUGCUGCAGACAGUAAUGAGUUGUCACUUCUGGCUGAUGAGGUCAUAACAGUUUAUAGUUUGCCGGGAAUGGAUUCUGACUGGUUAAUGGGUGAAAGAGGAAAUCAGAAAGGAAAAGUCCCCAUUACAUAUUUGGAGCUGCUAAAUUGAGUAUGUGACAACCUGAGCCUUUUCAUAUUGGUUGUAAUUGCAAUAUAUUUAAUUACAGCUAACUUUGUAUAAAGCAGUUUAUGAAAUGUCUUCCAUGCAACGUGUCUCUGAAAUGUUAGGGAUCAGUUGAAUUCCAUGAAUGGCAAAAGUUGCAUGUUGCACUCAUUAAAGCAAGUAUAUAAGCCCUUGCUUUUAAAAACUUUGAAUAUUUUUGUGCCAUGAAUAUUAUUUGCUCAACAAUAACAGCUUCAUUUUCUAUUUAAUAUUUCAUUAAAAUAACUUUCAUACUUUAGUGGUUGAAAAUGCAUUUCUUAAUUAAACCAACUUGAAUACAAAGUCCCAGUAUUUCUAAAACUUUAUUUCCAGAAACAUGGAAUUCAGCUUAUAAAUUACAUGUGCUUGACUAAAUGUUAAA